AGUAAAUGCUAGUUGACAUGUCCCAUCGUCCUAGCUUCCCCACUAUAGGUCCCUACCACUGCAGCAUUUAGGUGCACGAGCUGAUGCUAGUGCACGAUCUGCUUAUCUAAUCUACCUAUUUCUACAACAGUCAAUCUUUUCUCUUACUCUACCACUAGCAAUUGAAAUCUGUUCCCGUUAGGUUACUUGGCUUAUCUCAAGUUUCCAGUUGGUCUUCGCAUGGGACCUAUCACAAAUGUACAGUUUGAGGAUUAUUUGGAGAGGUUCAAUUCCGAUUUAAUCGAGAGCCUCCAGCUAGUGCAAACAAGUACACAGCCAUGGUCCGAGUUUCGGAUUCUUAGCAAUUACACCAAAACCCUGCCACGCAAGUACUUCUUGUGUAGCCUUAAGUUGAUAGGAGAUGUCGAUUUGAGUAUAACGUUUACAGUCUCGUACGAUGAGUUCUACCAGGUGCCUGUGUGCAACUUCAGAGUUAACAAGUAUCAGGGGGAGCAAGAGCAGGCAUUGACAAAUUUGUGUGAAAUUGACUGCAACGGACACUUGGUCAAGUUGGAUAGCCACCCCAUUUUUGACACUCCGUGGUUCUCGAUCCAUCCAUGCGAAACACUACAAGUCGUAGACGAGUUCAUGGGACCAGAAACCGGUGUUUUGGAGUACUUGAAGUGCUGGUUUGGCCUCUAUGGGCUUCCCAGUGUUUUCCCCAUGCUUCAGACCCGUUACAUUUGAAGUAAUUUCGUUAUUCAGGUAAAGCUGUGACUCUAACGGUAUGGUAGAUAGAAAAUGAUUCCAACAUAGUUCCCAAUUCCAGCUAUACUACAGGCUAC